CAUUCCUGCCGGCGUUCCUGGAGGUCGCGGAAGGAUCAGCCUACCAUGCCCAGCCCAUAAGCACUCCCAAGCACUCCAUCGCCGUGUGUUGCGACGGGAUGGGUGACUCCCACGCCCCUGCCAGCACCACCUGGUUGGGAGCGAGGGUGGCUGCUUGCGCCAUCUUCGCUUCCGAGCCAUUUUCUUAGCUCCUCUGUCUAAGCUGUGGUGGACGGGAUCAUCACGGCCUACCGCACUCCCCUCUCGGCAUCUCAGUCACGACCCCUCCCAGCCAAGCCACCCAUCGCUCGUCUGUCUGUCUGUCUGCGUGAGGAGAUGAUGAAGAUGUUGCCCGCCAUCCUAUGCGACGACCUUCCGCCUCGCAGCAAGUCGGCUGAGUCGCCCUCCCCAUCGGCCAGCAAUGGAAGCAACGUAAGCGACACUAUUGGGACAGGCUGGGGCCAUCUGCUCUGCACCUUUUGUUAUGGUGGGUGUGUGAUCGUUGGUUGUACCGUCCAGACGUCCAAGUUCAUUCUGUAUCUGGAGCCCGCGGCCACGAGCUCGUUCAAGAGCGUGUUGAACGAGACGUCUCAGGCGGUGGUGUGUGAGCACGGUGCGGACAGCACCCACUGCUACCCGCCGCACGUGUCGCUGACGUCCUUCUUCAGCUGUCCGCCGCACCUGGUGGCGGCCCUCAAGGACGAGGUCCUCAACUACAUGAUGGAGAAGCUCGAGGACCUGCAGCAGUGGGAGGAGGGAUACCCCGACUGCUGGACCGACGGCUGCAGCACCGCUCCCAGCUCUUACUGCAAGUCCCCACUCAUGCGCGCCAAGAGCGUCGGCUUCGGGAACCGCCUGCGCGCCGGGUCCGACUCGUUCCUGAUCCCAACCACGCCGAGCAUGGCCUCCUGCGCCUUCACACCCAAGCUCAGCCCUGUGAGCGACACAUCCGAGGCCACCACAGUGCCCUGCUCCGACGACUCGUACUCCGGCCCUCUGCCGCCACUGACGCCCCUGUCGCCGGACCGGCUGCGCGGCGGCCGGUGUCUGUCCAACACGCACAUCGAGCUGGGCCGCGAGGGGACGGAUGAGGCGCUGCCGCAUGAGGCCUCCAUGUCAGGGAUGCUGGUGCACUACUCGAGCCACCCGAUACUGCCGUCGUGUGUGGGUGUGGGGGGCUUCUCGCCGCUGCACCCGUUCGUGCCGUGGGACUACUCGUCGACCAGUGGGCACCCGCCCCGCCUGCAGAAGCUGCCGGUCAAGGUCAACAAGGCCCUCGCCACACACGACGGAUACGCCAUACUGCCGAUAGAGAGCCGGUAAGGAAGGCCACACACUCCUUCCUUGAAUAGUUGAGGGCAUUGUCUGUCAAUUGGUGUCUUGUGCUGUGUGUUGACACACACGAUCUGUCUGUCUGUCGGUGUGUGUGGUCAUUUAGUUGGGUGAAGGAUUUGGUGGACGAUUGGGCGGAUCGCGUGCAGCGCCGGACGAGCCGCGCCAUCCGCAUCCGCACCAAGCGCGCCAACCACAUAUCGCUCGCCUGCAAGCGGGACACCGACACGCUGCACCAAAUACUCAAACUAUACGAACGGGUGAGUGAGCUUCCCUCCCUUUGUUUCUGGAUCCAUUUGUGCGUUGAUGUGAUUGAUGUGUCAACCGUUGGUUGUGUCUGUCUGCCAGGUUCACGAGUACGCGAUUGGCUGUGACUGGGACAUCGUCCUGUACGAGUUGGUCAGCAGCUCGACGUGCUUCGUGCGUGAGGGCCAACACCAGUUCAAGGAGGUGGCCCGACUCAGGUGGAUUGCGACGUCCUGACUUGACGUGGCCUGACGUGACCUGACGGGGGAGAGGUGGAGGUGGAGGGGGCGAGGGACGGACGGGAGAGGCGGGGAGGGAGGGGAGGGAGGUUAUCUAUCUUAUCAAUCCUUUGAUGCCAUCAUCAGAUCUGCAUGGCAUGCGUCUGGCUAUCUAUGGAUUGGAUUGGAUGUGUGUGGGUGGGGUGGGUAUCAUAUGGACGGGAGAGAGUAACGUGCAGUGAGUGCAGCAGGCCAGGCGCGUCUGCCCCUCUGGUGGGUGGUUGGGCGGCUGGAUGGAUGGACGGAUGGAUGGCUGCCUGCCUGUACGAAAUCCGUACGAGAGUGCGUCGUCGACUCGACCGUCGUGCUUGCCUUGCCUUGCCUGCUUUACUCUUUAGUGCUCGAUGGGAUGGAUGGAUGGUUCUCCGCACGGAAGGAAGGAACCUGUCGUGUCGGUCGCCUCACCGUCACUUUCUACACCGCGUCCCUCCCCCCCUCCCUCACUCUCCCCUCCCCCUCCCCCUGCCCCUCAAGUCGUCCUUGCCCCCAUCUCGUGUCUAUAGUCCUGAGGGAGAGUGUUGUGUUGAGCCUGAGAGCGAGUGCGUUGUUGUCUGCAUGGCCAUGCAUGGAAGCAUCACAUCAUUCAUGUCUUUGUGCUGUACGGGGGUGUGUGUGGGUGUUAGCGGCCGUGGAUGGUGGGAUGGCGUAUCCGAAUAAGAUACCGACGACGCAGUCUGACAGCCAGAUACACACAGACGGAACGGACUAGCGAGGUGACUGAUGAGUGGAUGGAUGGAUGAUGGGACAGAGAGAGGUGUACAUGUGGGAGGGUGGGUGGGCAGGGAUGAAGGAUGGUCAUGUCUUGUGUUGUGUUGUGUUGUCGGUUUGUGAUCGAUGUGUCUCCAUAUUGAGACACGGGCCCCACUCCACUCCACUCCCUCUUCCCUCCUGUUUGCACCACACAGACAGACAGACAGACAGAUGACAGACAGGACAGCAAAGACAUGGUCGAACAGCCAGAAGGAGAGGGACAGCGGAGGCAGGGGGCGUCGAUGGACAUGGCUUGAUGGACAUAUAUGGCCUGCGUGGGUGCGUGCGUGCGUGCGUGAAAGUGCUGUGUGUGACGGUAGGUAGGUACGGGGAGAGAGAUUUGUGGCUGAUGGCUGAUGGCUGAUGGCUGCUAUGGUACAAGGCGAGAGCAACGGGGCGGUGCAUGGGGGUCUGGUGGGGUGGCUGAAUGAAUGAAUGGGCGCACGAUUCGAUUUGAAAGUGGCGUCAGUCAGUCAGGCUGGGGUUCGCGAGUUCGCCACCCGUGCGUUCGUCCGCCUGCCCUGCCCUGCCUGGCUUCGCUGCAUUUUUUCAACGGUCGUGUUAGCCCCAAGCUUGGUUUGGUGUCUUCUCUCUAUGCCUCUCCUCUUUUUUCUUUUCGUUUGUGGGAUGUGGGAUGUGGGGUGCUGGUUGGGGGGGGUGCUGAAGGAGAGCUGGCUGGCUGGCUGGUCGGUUGCUUGGUCGUUUGUUUGAUGAUGGACGACCAACUCACUCACUCACUCACUGACUCACUCCUUCGAUACAUCCGUUGUCCUGUCCGUUUGUUUUAUCACCCCCUCACGCCCAUCGUGGGCGUCCCCUCCCCUCCCCUCCCCGCCUCCCCUGACUGUCUAGGUAGGUAUCUGAUGGAUACAUACGGCUAUUUGUGAAGGAAUCUAUCUGACUCGUUAGUUAGAGGCAGGCAGGCAGGCAGGCCAUGAUAUCAGCGAUCAAUCAAUGAAUGCGACGGACGGACGGAUGUGCUCUUUUUACGCGCGCAGACAGGCAGACAGGCUGGCAGACAGGCAUACACCUAUGAGUACGUCACGUGUGUGUAAGUCGAGUGCCCUUGUGGGUGCGUGCGUCUCGUCUCCUCUCCUUGCGUUGCGUUGCGUGGCUGCGUGCGUGCAUGCGUCGCCAGAUAGGGAGCAGUCGUCUCGUCUCGUCUCGUCUCGUCUCGCUUGUUUUGUUGUCCUGCCUGACUUGCCUCGCGUGUCGUUCGUGCCCACUGACUGACUGACUGGAUCGGCUGGCUUGGCUUGUUCUGCCAACACUACAGACACAUCAAUGGAGGGAUGGAUGAAUGGCUGGAUGGAUGAAUGGACACGUACGUACGUACUUGCAUACGCAUCGCAAUCAAGCAAGCAAGCACACUCACUCUCACAUCCAUGUCUGUCAUCCACGUCCACACCAACACUCCCUCACUCGACGCGACGCGCCUUUCUCGUUUCUAUAUUUUUGGUCUGCCCCCCCCCC